AUGGAUACUUCAAGGAACCAGUCAGCCUUCUUCCAGACAAAAUACCAGCGUGCUGUUGCCGCUUACGACCAAGACGACAGCGUUCGCGCCGACGAUCUCUGUCGUGAGCUCACCGGCGACUUCGUAUGUCCACGCUUCAUCCAAGCACAUGCGCUGCAGCUACAAUCACUCUGCACCCGCCAUCACUGGCGCGCUCGCUCUUUUCUGGUGCGUUGUCUCGAGGUGCUUGCCGAAACUCCUAGCCUGUACGAGGAUGUCGAUGCUCACGAUGAGAAUCUGAUUGCUUUGGCCGAGCAUACGCAACUCAUGCUUGAUGAGCUGGACAGCUUGUGGGAGAAGCAGUGGAAGGCCCGUGGCUUGCCUGUGCCAGAGGAGCCCGGAACAGAAUCCAAGGACGAGAGCAAGGGACCUGAGGCGAGCGGCGACAAGAGCAAGGAGCUGGAAGAGGGCGUCGGUGGGUUGGCGAUUGGAGCGAGCCCAGAGCCCUCAACCCUAGAGCGUACGUCGAGCGAGGAAACGGUGCGACAGGCUGUCGGUCCUUCAUCGCCAAUGCAGGCGUCAUCGUCGCCAGUUCGUGGGAGCGAAUCAGGCAAAACGACACCGCCUUCCUCCCAAGAUGAGCUCCCAGAUGCUCCCGCGGACUGGAACCUCGACGACGACGCGAUGGAGACUGAUGAUGAGCUCUAG